CCACCCCGCAGAGGCCAGGGUAUACCAUCUGCUCCGUGCUGAGAACUGGUCGGCCAACUGUCCAAGCGCCAUGGAUGUGGUCACGUCUUGGGUCCCCGUAAAGGACCACAUCAAGAGUCCGGACAUCAUCCGGUGCAUUCAGGCACAGUCUUGGAAAGGACUUUGCCUGAAAGACUUUGGGCCACCAAAGAACAAAGGGGUGAUUGCGACGAUGCCCUUUUCCAAGGGAGAGGUGGUGUGCGACUACCAUGGAGAGUACGUCACCCAGGAAGAAGGGAAGCGGCGAAUGGAACAGCUGUUCGACGAAGCCUGUUACGUCUUCUUCUUUGCGGGAUGUGGGGAAAAGGUCUGCAUAGACGCCCAACAUUCUCCAUGCCAGUGUCACCCACACCAGGACACGUUUGGUCGUCGGAUGAACCAUUCAAGGAGAAGUCCAAAUGUGAAGCCACACGUUUUCAAACUUCCACUCCCAGAGGGAACAAGAUGGCAUCCCAUUUUCCUCGCGCUUAAGGACAUCCAAGUCAACGAGGAACUUCUUUGGGACUACGGUGUCCUCUGCGACGAGGGAUUUGGAGGCGAAGCUGCUGCACUGGACUGGUUGGCUAGUUGAAGUCCUGGACAACAACCUACCCCUCUGCCAUCUCAUACGAACUCACUGCACGCGGCACUUUACUUCACCCUGCACCACAACUCAUUCUGUACCUGUACUGUCGCCUACUAUACUUCACACACACACACACUGGGCUUUGGGCUUUAUUUAAUUUGGUCAAAUCUCUUAAAAUGACAAGCAGACAUUCAAGUGGGCUGAUGUGGGUGAAAUCUGUGGACUGACCAUUGGGGGCGCUAUUAAUGAUAUACCUGUUUGUUAAAUUAAAAAAAAAAAAACGAAUAAAAAAAAAAAUAACAGAAUAAAGAAGCUAGCAGUUAUCUAACAGCCCGUGGCUUUAUCAAAAAAUCUUUAAUAAAUUUUUCUGUUUUGGAAAAUUAAGUUUCUAAAUAAAGAGCAUU